GCGGCGGGAGUGAGCGACACAGAGCGGGCCGCCACCGCCGAGCAGCCCUCCGGCAGUCUCCGCGUCCGUUAGCCCGCGAGUCCUCCGCGAAUCGGCGGUGGGUCCGGCAGCCGAAUGCAGCCCCGCAGCGAGCGCCCGGCCGGCAGGACGCAGAGCCCGGAGCACGGCAGCCCGGGGCCUGGGCCCGAGGCGCCGCCGCCGCCACCGCCGCAGCCGCCGGCCCCCGAGGCAGAGCGCACGCGGCCCCGGCAGGCUCGGCCCGCAGCCCCCAUGGAGGGAGCCGUGCAGCUGCUGAGCCGCGAGGGCCACAGCGUGGCCCACAACUCCAAGCGGCACUACCACGAUGCCUUCGUGGCCAUGAGCCGCAUGCGCCAGCGCGGCCUCCUGUGCGACAUCGUCCUGCACGUGGCUGCCAAGGAGAUCCGUGCGCACAAAGUGGUGCUGGCCUCCUGCAGCCCGUACUUCCACGCCAUGUUCACAAAUGAGAUGAGCGAGAGCCGCCAGACCCACGUGACGCUGCACGACAUCGACCCUCAGGCCUUGGACCAGCUGGUGCAGUUUGCCUACACGGCUGAGAUUGUGGUGGGCGAGGGCAACGUGCAGACUCUGCUCCCAGCCGCCAGUCUCCUGCAGCUGAAUGGCGUCCGAGACGCCUGCUGCAAGUUUCUACUGAGUCAGCUCGAUCCCUCCAACUGCCUGGGCAUCCGGGGCUUUGCCGAUGCGCACUCCUGCAGCGACUUGCUCAAGGCUGCCCACAGGUACGUGCUGCAGCACUUCGUGGACGUGGCCAAGACCGAGGAGUUUAUGCUGCUGCCCCUGAAACAGGCAUCUUCAGGGCUCCCUGGGUCCACAGGACCUUCCCCAGAUCUCAGGUCUGAGGACCCCCACUCGCAGGUGCUGGAACUGGUCUCUAGCGACAGCCUGAACGUGCCUUCAGAGGAGGAGGUCUACCGAGCCGUCCUGAGCUGGGUGAAACACGACGUGGACGCCCGCAGGCAGCAUGUCCCACGGCUCAUGAAGUGUGUGCGGCUCCCCCUGCUGAGCCGCGACUUCCUGCUGGGCCACGUGGAUGCCGAGAGCCUGGUGAGGCACCACCCUGACUGCAAGGACCUCCUCAUCGAGGCCCUGAAGUUCCACCUGCUGCCCGAGCAGAGGGGCGUCCUAGGCACCAGCCGCACGCGUCCCCGGCGCUGCGAGGGGGCCGGGCCUGUGCUUUUUGCUGUGGGCGGCGGGAGCCUGUUUGCCAUCCACGGAGACUGUGAGGCCUACGACACGCGCACCGACCGCUGGCACGUGGUGGCCUCCAUGUCCACGCGCCGGGCCCGGGUGGGAGUGGCUGCGGUGGGGAACCGGCUCUAUGCUGUGGGCGGCUAUGACGGGACCUCAGACCUGGCUACCGUGGAGUCCUACGACCCCGUGACUAACACGUGGCAGCCGGAGGUGUCCAUGGGCACGAGGCGAAGCUGCCUGGGUGUGGCCGCCUUGCACGGACUCCUGUACUCGGCCGGCGGCUAUGACGGGGCCUCCUGCCUGAACAGUGCUGAACGCUACGACCCCCUGACCGGAACGUGGACGUCCGUCGCUGCCAUGAGCACCCGGAGGCGCUACGUGCGAGUGGCCACGCUUGAUGGGAACCUGUAUGCUGUGGGCGGCUACGACAGCUCCUCACACCUGGCCACUGUGGAGAAGUAUGAGCCCCAGGUGAACGUGUGGUCGCCCGUGGCGUCCAUGCUGAGCCGACGCAGCUCAGCAGGCGUGGCCGUGCUGGAGGGUGCCCUGUACGUGGCAGGGGGCAACGACGGCACCAGCUGCCUCAACUCGGUAGAGAGAUACAGUCCAAAGGCUGGAGCCUGGGAAAGCGUGGCGCCCAUGAAUAUCCGCAGGAGCACGCAUGACCUGGUGGCCAUGGAUGGCUGGCUGUACGCCGUGGGGGGUAACGACGGUAGCUCCAGCCUCAACUCCAUCGAGAAGUACAACCCGAGGACCAACAAGUGGGUGGCCGCAUCCUGCAUGUUCACCCGGCGCAGCAGUGUGGGUGUGGCGGUGCUGGAGCUGCUCAAUUUCCCACCGCCAUCCUCCCCGACGCUGUCCGUGUCCUCCACCAGCCUCUGACCCACCUACCACCAGAGGCCUGGAGCCUCCCACAUGCCUUAAGGGGACCGUGGCCCCCACCAGGGACGUCCUGCGCCAUCCGUUCACGUCUCUGCGUCCAUUCCUUCAUGUCUUUAUUUAGUUGUUUAUUUAUUUAGUUAUUUAUUUUAUUUAUCGAGGGGUGAGGAGUGCCACGGCUGCGCGUGUACACCUUUAGCGUCUGGUCCUCCUGCGUGCCCUCCCCUCCACUGCCUGCAUGGGGGGCAGCGGGGAGUGACCAGGCGGGGGCCUCGCCGCCCCAGGGCCGUUGCCUGCUCAGACCCUGCAGGCUGUGGAGCAAGAGGCCCUGGGUCUCUCCAAGCAGCUGCAGACCCCAGCUUGAAUUUUGCACAUGGCGGGGUCCCGGGAAGGGUGGGGAGCAGGUGUCCUUCCUGUCGUCGUCUGCCAUGUGCCAUCUUUCCUGGAUCUUGUAGUGGGUGCACACGUGUGCACUGGGACCCCACACAGCAAUACGAGCCCAACUUGAACAAUAAACACAUUUCUGGGGCU